UCGUCUGGCGGGAGGCGGAAUCUUAACUAGGCGCGCGCGCGCUCGAAUUGUCAGCGGUUACAUCAGCCGCUGCCGCAUCACCGAGAAACUCGUACAAUUAUAAUCGUCGCGCGGCACGAACGCGGAUUUUCGAAUUUGAUUCGCGUAUUUUAUCGCUUGCCCCGUCACGCAUUCCGUCCGUCGCCGAUCGCCUCCGUUUGUAAAACUUCGCUGCCGAAAGACUAUCCUCGCACGUUAGGUACUCAAUAUUCGAUUUCCGUUUUGGUCUGUCUCGACUUGUCGCGGUUAACCGUCUUCCGACAGUCGACGACUAAUAUCGACCCGCGUCCCUGGCCCCUGCGAUCGCGAUCGCAAGUCGUUUUUCUCAAACGCCGACGCCGCCGCCGCCGUCGUCGAGCCUAUCCCAAUCGAACUCUCGUUGUACGAGCGCACACGCAACACACACACACAUGCACACAACACACACACGCGUGCGCGAAUACGAUACUACGACGAUAAUAUUAUAGUACACGACCGUGACUCUGGAACCCGAGACACGCUUCGAUCAUGCUUUCUGCGACGUACAAUAGCGCCCCGUCCAUUCUGCUGAAAUGCUGAUCCUGUAGCACACACGACGACGAUAUCGUCAGAUGAUCUGACAAAACGAAACACACUUGUACCACUGUUGACCUUUGAUCGUGUAACCAUGGCCGAUGUACUGCAGUCCAUUUGCAACCCGUUGCCACUGUCAUCCAGCCAGUCCUCGAUUGUCAAAGAAGGAUGGCUGUUUAAACGAGGUGAACACAUAAAAAACUGGAGGUCUAGGUAUUUUAUACUGUUUGCCGAUGGUUCACUCAUGGGCUAUAGAAACAAACCUGAAGGUCCAAUGACUGAACCUCUUAACAAUUUCACCGUAAAGAGAUGUCAAAUAAUGAGUGUUGAUCGUCCCAAACCAUAUACAUUCACAAUUCGAGGAUUGCAAUGGACCACCGUUAUUGAACGAACAUUUCACGUGUCUUCUGAUAAAGAAAGAGAAGAAUGGAUGACUGCUAUUAAAGGUGUAUCAGAACGUUUGUCUGAUGUUGAUGAAGUUGAAAUGGAAGGCGUAUCUCAUUCGACUAGCAUGUCAAGCACAAUGUCAGGACCCAGUUCAGAUGACUUCAGUGCCAAAUUCUCUGUUCAAGGAACUUCUUCAAGUAAAUCCACUGGAAAACGAAAAGUGACUCUUGAGAAUUUUGAGUUUCUUAAAGUACUUGGAAAAGGUACAUUUGGAAAAGUGAUUUUAUGCCGAGAAAAGGCAACAGGUCAUUUAUAUGCUAUCAAAAUUCUUAAAAAAGAAGUCAUCAUCCAAAAAGAUGAAGUUGCUCAUACACUAACUGAAAACAGGGUUCUCCGCACUACUAGUCAUCCUUUUCUAAUUUCAUUGAAAUACUCAUUUCAAACUGCAGAUAGAUUAUGUUUUGUCAUGGAAUAUGUAAAUGGCGGAGAACUAUUCUUCCAUUUGUCCCGAGAACGUGUGUUCACAGAAGAUAGAACUCGUUUUUAUGGAGCUGAAAUUAUUUCUGCUUUGGGUUACUUACAUUCCCAAGGAAUUAUUUAUAGGGAUUUAAAACUUGAAAAUUUACUACUAGAUAAAGAUGGCCACAUUAAAAUAGCUGACUUUGGAUUGUGCAAAGAAGAUAUCACCUAUGGGUCAACAACCAAAACAUUCUGUGGAACACCUGAAUACUUGGCUCCAGAAGUGUUAGAAGAUUUAGAUUAUGGACGAGCUGUUGAUUGGUGGGGAAUAGGAGUAGUCAUGUAUGAAAUGAUGUGUGGAAGAUUACCAUUUUAUAACAAAGAUCAUGACAAAUUGUUCACUCUCAUUUUAAUGGAAUCUGUACGAUUUCCGAGAGGUCUUUCUGCUGCUGCAAAAAGUUUGCUAACUGGUCUUUUAAUCAAAGAUCCCAAAAAACGAUUGGGUGGUGGUCCUGAUGAUGCCCAAGAAAUCAUGAGCCAUGUUUUCUUUAGUAGUAUUAAUUGGUUGGAUUUGGAACAAAAAAAGAUUCCUCCUCCAUUCCAACCUCAAGUAUCAUCAGACACAGACACACGAUAUUUUGACUCAGAAUUUACUGGAGAAUCUGUUGAACUUACUCCACCUGACCUAUCAUCGCAUCACCUCAACAGCAUUGCAGAAGAAAUGGAACAGUCACAACCAUACUUCCCACAAUUCAGCUACCAAGACUUAGCUGGAUCAAUAUCAAUAAGUGCCAGUUCGUGUUUCAGUCAUACGUGAACAAAAUAAAAAUAUGUAAGUGAUUCUGUAAAAUAUUGCUUAACAAUUAAUUUACUACAAAUGAUAAACUGACUUUACCCUUCAUAUUUUUUCUUUUUGACAUUAGGCUAUUUUCUGUAUAUAAAUUAUAUUAAUAUUAUACAAUAUUUUGAACUAGUGAUUUUUUUUUUUUUUUUUGAACGUUGGUCAAAUACUUAUUGAAACUUUUAACAUACAAAAAUCACUCUUAUAAGAUCGUUCAGUAUUUAUAGAAUUUUUCAUCUAAUUUUUUAUUUUUUUUUUUUUUUUGUAUGUAGUUGUUUAUUAUAAAUUAUUGCUGUUUUUUUCAAUUAUUAUUAUUAUUUUUUUUCUGUCUUGUUGAAAGUAUUUGUUUUGUGUACAUAUUGUUGAAAAUUUAUUCUAAAAACAUUUUACCGGCCUCCCUUGUAUGCAGGAUACAUUUUUAUCCUUACAAAUUGUAAAACAUUUUUUUUUUUUUUUUUAUGUUUUCGAUAAGGUAUUUACUGUUUGUCUUAAUCUUAUAUCAUAGAGAGCUCUAGAAAUAGUGUAUUGGGUUAUAAGGGAGUGUGAUUGGGAAAAAUUGUAGGUAGAAAAUGUAUACAAGCGGGAUUUGUAUUCUAGAAAUUAUUUAAAAGACUUGCAAUCAAGUUUUUAUAUAAUUAUACAUUAUGAAUUAUAUUUUGUAAUAUAGCCUUUACACUUUAUGUGAACUUAUUGUCAAAUAAUCAUUUUAAACCAAGUACCAUUCAAAUUCCAUAUAUCAUAAAUUAAAUUGUUAUUUUUAAUACUGUUAAAUGAAUGAUUAUGCAUAAUAUUAAGUAAUCAAUUUUAAGAGAAACUAAAUUGAUUUUACUUUAUAAAAAACGUAUGGUUUUUUUUUUUCUAACCGUGAAUAGUUUAUUUAGAAGAACAAAAAUAAAACUAUGUUUACCAAAAAAUCUAAUCAAAUUUAUUUAAAAUUAUAAAAGUAUUUUUUUUUUUUAUACAUAUAAUUAUAAAAAUAUUUUUCUUGUAGAACCAAUAACUAAUUGAAUAUUUAUUCUUUUAAUUUAUCAUUAUUAUUGCGUUUUAUAGUUAUUUAAAAAACAAUUUAAAACUGAAUCAGUAUUUAGUUAAAUAAUAUUUUAAUAAUAUUAAUUAACAUUAUAUUGAAAUAUGAAAUCAUUCUUUCGAUAGAUACUCUGUUUCCUUGUACAUUUUUGUAUGACCUCACCCCAUCAGUUUCCUUAUACAUUUAUUUGUUUUGAUACAAUACUAAAAAUCAAAAAACAUCCAGUUAUAAUUUUGACGUAAAUAGUUUUGUCUUGAAAUCUGUUUAAAAUAUUUAAGUGUCUCAUAUUGUAGACUUAUUAAAUUUAAUAACUGUCAAACAUUUAAUAAUCAAAUUAUUCAUCAUUAUUAUAUUAAGUAUCACAGAGUGAACACAAAUUUAAUUUAAAAACCAUCUUACCUCUAUGAUAACAAAUAUUAACAAUAAUAUUUAAGUGUCUGCAGAAUUGAAAUCUGAAAAGAAAAGUUUAAAGCUGUUUUUUGAUAUUUAUGUGAUAAUCUCCCUCAUAUUUUAUCAACAAUCAACAAAUUUUGAAAACCGUUUAAUUGAGGAUUUAUUUUUAUUUUUGUAUUACAAAAUUAAACAAUUUUGAAUAAAGUAUUAUUUACAUUUCCAACUAAUGUAGAAAAUUUUAAUUUCACAACUAUUAUACACUAUAUUAUCAAUUUUAUUUAUAAUACAUAUAAUAAACUCAUUAUUGGUAAACAGCCAAUCUUCAAUUUAAUAAUUUGAUGCUACUAAGAAUUCAAUAAUUGUUCAUACACUAGACUUAAAAACAAUGAAUUGUUUUAACUUUAAAUAUAUUAAAAUGACUAACCAAUUUAAAAAUGCAAGGUAUUAAGGCGUUUCUGACAAGAAUUACUAUAUGCCUCCUGUCUAAAAAUUAUGUUUUUGGAUUGUAGUGUGAAAAUGCUAAAAAUGACCUCGCUAUACCGUUCAUACAAUUAUUUUUAAAAAAUCCGAAUUUCAUUUGAUACUUGUAACCAAAAAAUUAUUUUCACCAUACAAAGCGUGAAAAAUAAAAAAAAAUUAUUUUAUUAAAAUACUGCUCAAUGGUGCACAAUAUGCAGCUGUUUCAUCAAUAUUUAUUGUGUGCUAGAGUAUACAAUAUGUGUUCCAAACUUCAUACAUUACUGUUUAUUAUUAUAUUCAGAUCUGAAACAGCUGAAUUAUCCAACUAAUAUUAGAAUAACUUUAAUUUAUUUGCGAUUAUGAAGUGAUUAUUUUAAGUUGAAUGUUGUUUUAAUAUUUUGCACUGUCAAUAAUAUUAAUUAUGUUCUUAACAAUUUUAUUUUUAUUUUCCUUAGAAUCAUUUCCUCCCUAAGUAUCAUUAAUUAAUUUUUAAAUCAUAUUUUGAAAAAAGGAAAUGUUUGUAAUUUACACUACAAAAAUGCCAAGGAAAAAAUUGUUACCUCAAAAAACAAAUUACAUUUAUCAAUGAUUUCUAUUUGUAUAAAGUAGAAAACACUAUUAAUUAUAUAAGUUUUAUCUUUGUGAAUUUUUUUUCGCGUAACUACUAUUAUUUUAUUAGUUGUAUAUUCAUUGUUAUAAAUAGAAUAUUAUGAUUUUUUUUUUUAAUUUAACAUACAGUGGGAUAUUUAUAUAUAUUUUUUUUUAGUUUUCUUAUCUAAUAAAGGUAUUUUAACCUACACAGGUUCUGGAUAAUAAAAUUGGUACUAUAUUAAUUAUAAGACAUCAAUGGGAACUAUAACUAUUGUAUGUUUUUUUUCUUAUAUAUGAAAUUUUUGAAUUUUUGAUGUUUAUAAAAACUUAAAAAUGUAAGAUAUUUAUGUAGACAUAUUAUUAUCAUUAGACUAGUAAAUGUUUUUUUUUUGUA